AGCGGGUAAACCAGCUAAGUUAGCCACGGAGCUAGUAGCCGUCGCAUUAACCAACUGUCAGCAACCGGAACUUGUUGUUAUUGUUAAGUUGUUCGGGUCCACUGCGGUUAAAGUUCGACAGCAGCGGGACCAGAACCGACCGCCCCGUCCGAGUGUGCUCCUCCUCCUCCUCCUCCUCCUCCUCCUCCUCCUCAGGCUCCUUCCUCCUGCGUGAUAUGACACCGCUGCUGGGUUCCUCCAGAGGCCAGAGCUCUACGGCAGACGGUUGACAGCUGCUCAGGUGCUGUUGAAGACGAUGGCUGCGCAGGUGGAGGUCCAGACCGGGGAGGUAGGGAGGACAGUGGUGGGAGGACGGCUUCACCUGAGUCCCCUGACUGACUCCAGCAAUAGCCUCAUCGAGAUCAACCAGUCCCACAUCAUCACCCCAGAACCUAACAAACCUGUGCCGGGCCCCAAACCACGGCUCACUCCCAAACCUUUUGCUGUGGAGAGAAACACCACCAUUAAGCCCAUAGUCGCCCCGAAGCCCCACACCAAGCCCCGACCAGAGUCCACUCGCCUUGUCGGAUACAAACCAGAGCUGUGCAGUCCGAAACCACAGCAGCCCAGCAAACCCAGGCCGGUGUCCACCAACCCCAACCGACCUGCCUCUACCUCCUUUAAGACGCCGAAUAAAACCGGACAAACGACCAAGCCGGUAGUCCAGCCAUUUAAACCAGCCCCUUCGCUUGACCCCAGCAAACCCGCCACCCCUGUUCCAGCAGAGAGGCAGAAACCUGCCGCGUCGAGCUUGGCCUAUUCCAAGAGCCUUAGGAAACUCCCAGCAGCAGCAGCAGCAGCAGAGUGGUCCGGAACCACUAAAAAGGAAGAUGAGAAGGACCAGCUGACAUCCAGCAAAGGUGGGACAUCCAUUACCAGAGCCAAGUCCAUGGGUUUCCUCGCUCAGGUGGGGCAGGACGAAGAAGAAAAAGCUAAACCUGUGGCGGCAGUGCCGAUGCGACCCCACCCCAGAGGCUCCAGGCCGAGACCCGUAUCGGCCAUUUUCCUCGACAGUCCAACAAAAGCGGAGCCACCGGUUCCCGCCCCUCGCUGGGUCGGGAGGAGACCUCUGUCAGCUGAUCUCACGUCCAGAUUUGAGUCUAUCGGUCUUUCCCUGCAUCGUAAAACCCCCACAGACACGAAGGAGAACACUCCGGAGAGCGCUCCACAGAAGAAAGAGCCGGAGAAAACCGCUACGAGCUCCACGCCGCAGAGCACCGAAGGUGAAGCGAAGCCCGCUGCCCCAGACCAAAGCAACAAAAAGACAGAAGAAGUGAAAGAGACGGAGGAGGAUAAGCGCGCGGUUAGCAUCAAGUCACGAAUCAGUCUCCUCCUCGACUCGUCCUCCUCUCCUGGGGCAGGUACCACAGGUCAAGGGUCGGACCUCUCUCCGGUGCAACCAGUCCCUGAAGCCGAACCAGCAGUGGGUGUGAAACAGCUCAUCAAACAGCUGACAGAGGACACGACACCAAUUCAGAGCCCUGUCCCGAAACCACCACCGAAGCCCCGCCCCUUGCUCCUCGACCUGACUAAAAGGUUUUCAUCCGAGAGGUCGCCAGACUUUGGCAGCGAGGCCACAGACCGCCAUGACAUCAGCAAAGAUCCUCAGAGGAGGAUCGAAGACUCACCUUUCUCCCCCAGUGACCAGAGGACAUUUGUGGAUUUAAAAGAUUCUCAAGAGCAGCUCAAGAAGGCCUCCACGCCGGAAGGACCCGAGGCGGGACAGACGUUUGGCGCCACUUCCAAGGACAGUGCUCCCGGUGGGGACGUGCAGACAGUGAGAGCAGCCUUGUUUGAAAAUGUAGUGGAGAGGCGCAGUGUGCUGAUGGUGGACGAUGGAAAGCCUGUAAGCAAGGCCAAGGAUUCGCUCAGCAGCCCGUCAUUCAAGAGAGGAAGUGGCGAGGAUGAGGGAACUCUGGUCACCGCCACCUAUAAAGAGCCUGCGUCUCCAUCAGGUCCUCUGCGGGUGUUGCAUGCCUUUGACACUGUGCAGGCGGUGGAGGAGAACAGGGCGGUGAGUGAGAACAUCCCAUCAGCUCAGCGGGAGGAUAAGGCCAUGACGCUACGCUCCAGGCGCUCAGAGGGGAGCCGGACCGGUGCAGCUCAAGGCGAACCAGCUCUGGCGUUGAUGCCGGAUCAGCAGCCGCGGUAUCUGAGAGUCGGAGCCCUGCAGAAGUGGAACAACACGGGUCUCGAACAGGAGGCCGGUGGGGAGAAAGGGAUGCUAAAGGAUCCACGAAGGGAAGAACAAGUGUCUUUGGACAAAGACAGACAGAGAGAGGCAGAACAGGAGGACGUGGCUGCAUCUCCGAAACGUUUGAAAAUGCUGCAGGCAGAGGAGCAGCCGAAGCCCAGGGCAACCUAUUUUGCUUUGACGGGACAAAUGCAGGAUCCAUUUUCUCCUGUACAUGCAGGAGCGAGCAUCGGGGACAUGUCGGCGCCGUUUGAUGAUUUCUCUAUGAGGUCUGCACCGGGAAGCUCUCAAGGGAAGGUUCUUCCAGCGAGGAGGAAUCCAUCGUUAGAAGAAGCUUUUGGGAAAACUGCUCAAGAUCAAGUUGAGGAGCUGAUGAUGAGGAGCCACGUGUCACACGGGGACAUCAGAUCAGCAGAAGAGACAGAAAGAUACAAAGCAAAGCUUAAAGAGCUCGAGAGGGAAAAACAGAGACAGCUGGAGAUGGAGAAAGAAGCACAUUUAGAAUUUGAGCGAAUGAAGGAGAUGGAGAAGCAAAGACAGUUUGAAAGGCAAAGACAGAAAGCCUACGAAGAGGAGAAACAACGUGCACUGGAAAGGCAGAAACAGCAAGAAUUAGAGAGGCAGGAAAGAGAAAGGCAACGGCAACAAAUGGAGAGACAGAAAAAGAUUGAAAGGGAGAGACAGCGAGAGCAGGAGAGACAGAGAGAGCUGGACAAGGAGAGAAGGCUGCUGGAGCUUCAAAGGGAGAAACAGAAAAUGGAGGAGCUGGAGAGAAUCAAAGAGCUGGACAGACUACAGCUCUUAGAGUCUCAAAAACAGAAGCAGAAAGAGAAGGAGAGGCUCCGAGAGAAGGAGAGAGAGGAGGCUGGGAAGAGCAAACAGAUGGCGUUAGAGCAGGAAAUGUUAAGACUGAGAGAGCUCGAAAAAGAAAGGGAAAGACAACGGGAGAUGGAGAAGGAGCGUCAGAAGGAGAUGGAGAGACAGAGACAAAGGGAUUUGGAGAGAGAGAGACAGAGACAACAGGAGAUUGAGAGAGAGAGACAGAGACAACAGGAGAUUGAGAGAGAGAGACAGAGACAACAGGAGAUUGAGAGAGAGAGACAGAGACAACUAGAGACUGAAAGAGAGAGACAGAGACAACUAGAGAUGGAGAGACAGGAAUCAGAAAAGCAGAGACUCCGAGAGAAAAAGGAGAGAGAGGAGGCCGAGAAGAUCAAACAGAUGGCAUUAGAGCAGGAAAUGUUAAGACUGAGAGAGCUCGAAAAAGAAAGGGAAAGACAACGGGAGAUGGAGAAGGAGCGUCUGAAAGAGAUGGAAAGGCAAAAGCAGAAGGAGCUGGAGAGACAGAGACAAAGAGAUUUAGAGAGAGAGCGACAGAGACAGCUGGAUAUCGAGAGACAGGAGUUGGAAAACCAGAGGCUGAGACGAGAACAGGAGACGGAGCGGCAGAGGAAGGAGGAGAUGGAGAGACUCAGGGAGAUUGAGAGAAGACAGCUCCUGGAGUUCGAGAGGCAGCAAAUCUUGGAGCUCGAGAAACGCAGACUGAGGGAGAAGAUGGAACGGGAGGAGGCCGAGAAAAUGAGGCAGAUCGCCAAACAGCAGGAAGCAGAGAGGCAGCGACUGAAGGAGAAGCAGAAGAAAGAGGAGCAGGAGAGGGCGAGGUCGGAGCCGUCGCCUCUCAGGCCCAAAGGGAUUGAUCUGGACUCUCUGCUCUGGAACGACCCGUUUUCAAAGGCGGCUCCUCAGCGCAGCGACCCUGCGACCCGAUGGAAGGAGCCGUCUCCGAGAGCAGAGGAGUCCUACAAACCCAGCAUCCUCGACAUAGACUCUUUCACGUCUCCGGCUCAGCUCUCCCCCAGUAAAGACUUGUUCUCUGUGUCCGGUAUUCAGAGCGUAGACACUGGGUUUGGAGCGAGAUUACAGCCUGAGAGAGACAUUAGCUGGAAGGCACCACCACAGACUUCUGGAGGUUUCACGAGCCCAGUAUGGACGACGUCUCCCCAGGACCCGUGGGAGCUGCGGCCUGUCGAGGUGCCUGCCGAACCCAGAAAACCAGCCAGCAAACUCAGCCCGGAGCAACUCCUCCUCAGGCAGGAGGAGCGGCUCAUGGCUCCACAGAGGCACCGGUCCACCGUGCUGGACGAGAUGCUUCUUCUUGCCGGGACGGAGACCAAACCUGGAGGCGCUCCAGGUGGAGUUUCUUCUGCAGAGCAGAUCUGGAUCCCCAGAGAGACACAGCCUCAAGACGUCCGGAGCCACAGGAGAUCACAGGGAUCUCAGGAGCUGAACAGGAUGCGGUCUCGCAGCGUUUCCCGCCGAUCGGCCCCUUCGAGCAGCGCUGUGGAGGGAAGCCUGUCCAGGAUGAGGAGUCGCAGCGCCCACAGGGAGCAGGACCGCCACAGCUGGGUGCAGCAGAAGCAGAGUAACGGCGGUGAAGAGGAGGGGAGGGAUGCGGAGACUCCGGUCCGAGAGACUGACAGUCAGUAUGGGACCUGGGAGACGGGACUGCGCACUGACGACAGCCUCACUCCCGCCACUCCCAGCUCCGACAGCAAUCUGAGCCCUUCACCACGGAAGCCCACGCCUCCCCACACGCCAGGCGAUCACGCCUCGCAGUUCGAUACCGACACCCUGGAUGGCCUCCAGCCGUCGUCCGACAGCCAGCCGCUCUCUUUCCCCGAUGCCCCCGCCGUCCUGUUGGACACCAGCGCUCUUCGCUCCAGAGCCCAGCUGGGGAAGAAGCGAGCCCCGCGGACACGGCCCUCCAGAGCGGCCCGCCAGAGCGCCGCGCUGGGAGAGGGAGAGGGAGGAGCCAACGAGGACUGGCUUUACCGAGACUCCACAGAAGCGAAGGUGGAGAGUAAAGACGAUGAGUCCGACUCCGAGGAGCAGACCAGAGGAGCUGACGCCGGCCCCGCUGUCUCCUCUCAGCCUCAGAGGGUCGCCCUGUUCCCGGGGAUGGACCCUUCGGCUUUAAAGGCUCAGCUGAAGAAGAGGGCCGACUCUGACAAUCAAGUGGACGGACCUGCUCCCUCUUCAUCGCAGCUCUCUCGCUCUCCCAAGUCCCCGUUCCUCCCCAGGGCAGCGCGCGUACUGCCCCCUCCUGGUGGGAAAGAGAACGGUGAGGAAGACUCCCCCCAGUGGCUGAAAGAGCUGAAGAACAAGAAGCGCUUGAGUCAGUAUGAACAAGAGAGCUAAAGUAAAUAAUGAGGUUGCCUUAACAGAUGAGUCUCUAUGAAACAGAAGCCUUAACGUUGACCCAGAGCGGAGGAGAGGAGGAUCUACAGCUGCUGAUGUUUUCUUUUCUAUUCGUCUUUGUUCUUUUGUUCUCUUCCCAUCUGGGUUGAUAAAUGUGCAUGGUGCCUUUUUUUUUUUUACGGAGAGUCUCUAUCUUAAAACGAAGCGAGGAGGAGGAGAAAAAAAAAAACCAUCAGGCCUUGCUCUGCUUUAUUCAUUUCACGCUGGAGGAAUCUCCUCUGGACUUUAUCGGGGACCAGGAGAGGAAGCGGAGGAAAAGGGGGAAUUACUUCUGUCGGGCCGCAUUUCAGGAAACUUGUGGGACCACUCUUCAUCGCGGACGAUCCUCUGCGAGGUGUCUGCGCGGGACGGACGGCGUGUUAUCGUGUUAUAGAACGACAUUUCAGACACUUUAUGAUCUCGAACGUAGAGAAGAAAUCACUGCUGACUCGAUGAAUCAUGUUUAGUAAUCAGAAGUUAUAUUUGUAUUAUCGUUGAUUUAACAGAGAGCUAGUUUUUGAAAAGGUGCAUCACUACAAUAGAGCCUUUUUCCUUUGAUACACUCCGCCACCCUAACAGUGUCACAGUGUCUGCACACGAGGGCUGCACCCGACCCCAUUGUGUCAGUCCAAUCUCUCUUCAGUUGAGCGACACACUACAGUCCGAUAUCAGCGGCUACAUGAGUCUCAUGUUUCAGCUUACAACCCGUUUUAAAGUAACUUAAACUACACAAAACCUUCCUGCACUGUCUUCCUGAGGCCAUUGUAAAGCUACAGUAAACAUGCUGGUAUCAUAUGAGACUGGAUGACCUAAUGCAUCCAUUGCUACCAAUCCUGUUGUGCUAGUUUUGUUGAGAAGAGGGCGAAAUAAUGCUCCAAAGUUUGGUGACAUGGCCAUUUUCAAAGAGAUCUCUCUGACCUUUGACCUCAAGAUAUCUGAAUGGGCUCUAUAUGCACACAGGAUCUGAUAUUCCAGAUAAACAGUAAAAUGUGUUUGUGAACAGAUUUGAGGAGAGAAACAGUCAACAACAGAAUCUGGAUCCAUAUCUGAUCAGCACUGUUUGACAGUUUGAUCUGAGUUUGGUUGAGCUGGACGGACUCACUGAGAAUGAGCUGUCAAUCACAAGGUAGCCCCGCCCUAAAGCAUACCCUGCUUUAUGGUCUGUUUUACUCUAAAUGGGACCAUCAGUUACUAAAUGAACAUCAUGCUGUAUGGAAGAAGACUGAAACUAGAGACUGAGACCAGAAACUCAUCAGGAAACUGUUUACUGAGCUCAUAAAUCAACUGAGAAGUCGACUCAUUUCUCCAUAAGACUGAAUGGUAUCAGUUUAUAUUGCAACCAGAGUUAUAUAGAAGUUAAAGACACUACUGUCAAUGGAUUCGACUGACAGAAUUUGACUGGACUGAUCGGCUCUUCGGGUUCAGCCCUUCUGCAGAACACUGUCUUGUCUUUUUUUUGUCUCAAUGUGUUUGUCUUUGCGGGAGAGGGGGGGGGACUUUACGGCCAAGUGACUUUUUGCAUCUGUCAAUCAAAACUCCUUAUCAGCACAAAUACUUUAAACACUAGUUACUGAUGAACUCCUCCCUCCAUUCACACACUCAAUGAUUGUAGCUGGAAGCAUCCAUUAUAAGCCAUACUCACACUCCUCCCAGGGAAUGUGCAAUUUCCCUCCAUGUCUGUCCCCACCGAUGUGCACAAUCUCUGCCGCCGCCGCCGGGGGGUUCGUGAGGUUCCUCCACCUCGCUGCUUCCUCCAACCGAGCUGUAAUCCUCCUGCUGGUGUCUGCCAUCCGCUCCGCUCACUCUGCGCUUAUAUAAAGCACUUUGAUGCACUACAGCACUGACCUCCGCCCCCUCCUGUCGGCCUCCACCGUGGCGUCGGAGCGAUCGUGCAAUGGAAGUGAAUGUUGGUCGGAGCGAUUGUCCCUGGUUUCUGUGUACGUGACGAUUGUCAUGAAAUGUGAGGGUUUAUUUUUUAUGUGCUUCUUUGUCCUUUUUUUUUUUUUUUAUUUGAGAGUAAAGAUGUAUAUUGCACUGUGUUGUACUGGCCAGUGUCCUAAAGUGAAUACAUUCUUAAUAAAAUUUACUUGACAUGA